GUUACCCAUCAUCAAUGGUGAUCAAACCACACGUUACUUUCUGGUCCAGCAGACUCCAGAUGUUGUUCAGCUGCAGGAUGGCGUACAAGUACCUGCUCUAGGGUUGCCUGCUCAACACUUCAAAUAUAAUGACCGCAAUGAUAGGGGAGAAACACUGGGUAUUUCAGGGAAAGCUCAACUGGUAACAGAGCCUUCCUCUGUUAACGAGCCAGUCCUACAUAAUAUUGUUGAAGAAACAUCAGCAGAAAAGAAGUUAUCAAGAUGCUGUUGGUGGCAUCCCUGGAAGAGCAUUGCUACCUCUUCCAAUAGUGGCAUGCUUGUUGCCCAAAAAGAAAUAGGCCUUAAAAGGUUCGCUUUCUCUCAAUUGGAGGUUGCUACAGACAACUUCUCUCUGGAAAACCAAAUCGGUGUAGGUGCUUUCAGCAUUGUUUACCAGGGGCGACUAAAUGAAGGACUUGAAGUUGCCGUGAAAAGAGCAUCAUAUGUUGACAAAAUUCCAUUUCACCAGCUUGAGAAUGAGCUUGAUCUAAUCCCAAAGCUCCAGCAUACAAAUAUAGUUAAACUUCUAGGAUAUUGCACGAGAAAGAGGGAGAGGAUACUGGUCUUCGAAUAUAUGCCUAACAGAAGCUUGGAUUCAUUCAUAACUGGUGAACGAGCAACAAAAGAACCAUUGGAUUGGCCUAAGCGCUCCCAAAUAGUUAGAGGGAUAGCUCAGGGAGCUGUAUAUCUACACAAGCUAUGCGAACCACGUAUUAUUCACGGGGAUUUGAAACCAGGCAACAUACUCCUGGAUGCUUCUCUGAAACCGAAGAUUUGUGACUUCGGCAUUUCAAAAGCACUUAAGGCAGAUGCGGAUAAAGACUGCACUGGCGUCGUGGUGGGCUCACGUGGGUUUAUGGCCCCUGAAUAUAAACAGGGAGGCUGUCUCUCUCUCCAGACAGAUGUGUAUAGCUUUGGCGCUACGCUUCUUCAGAUCAUUAGAGGAAAACACAUCUCUCCAUCUUCACUGGCGCUUUCUGAUGAAUCUCACAACUACGGGCCUCUAAAUAAGUGGGCGUGGAACUUGUGGAAAGACGGAAACCUGAUGGAAUUGAUCGAUCCGUCGCUGCACGAUGAGAAUCAUGCUUCUGAGAUAAAGAGAUGGGUUCAGAUAGCGCUGCUGUGCGUUCAGCAGAGUCCCGAGGAGCGGCCAAGCAUGUGGGAUGUUCUUCUGAUGCUGAGCUGCGACAGUGUAAUCUUACCAGAACCAAAACUACCAGCUUACUACUACUAAAACGUACUCCUACAAUGAUAACACACAUUGCAGCAUGGGGUGUUCAGUGUGCUAGAGAAAUUUCAGGUCGCUGAAGCCUGCAAACUGCCUCAGUGUUGCAGCAUCAUGUGUGUUACGCUCAUUGCUCAAGUCAUCAAGUGUACCUAAAUAACGAGACUGCUGCAGAAGUAUUUGCGAUUUGUCAAAACUGCGAUUUCUGCAGAGCUGUGUUGACUA